AUGGCAUUUGUUAAAACAUGUUUUAGGGGCGUGGGACAGAAGUUGGGUUUGGGAAAAAGCAGCAAAAACAUGUCGUUGUUCUCGGUUCACCACUCUCCCUCCACUCUUCCACUGUUCUUCUCCACACCUUCAACCUCAACCUUAUGUAGAAGCAGUAAUGACAUCACAAUUAAGACCAUUCAAUGCAGGAACAGGAUUCGGACAACGCAGAGACUCAGAAUCGUUGCAAAGUCAAAAUCAAAUGCAUCCUCAUCCACACCCACCUCCCUUCUUUCUUUUCUCUGUCCCUUACUCACCCUCUUCUCUGCAAGGGAUCCUUCUCAACCACGCAAUUUCACUUUCGAGCUAGCGUCGUCUUCCUUGGCUAGCUUAUCAAGGUUUGCAUGGGGACAAAAAUCCAUUUCUGAGAGUUCACUCAACCAAGAAAUCACUUCCGAACUUCCUUUUAGUUUACAGCUUUUUGAAUUCGAGGCAUGCCCCUUUUGUAGAAGGGUCCGGGAGGCUUUGACUGAACUAGAUCUUUCUCUAGAGGUCUAUCCUUGUCCUAAGGGUUCUGUAAGACACAGAGAGUUGGUCAGAAGAACCGGUGGCAAAGAACAGUUUCCUUUCCUCAUUGAUAAAAAGAAUGGUAUUUCUAUGUAUGAAAGUGGUGAUAUUGUAAAAUACUUGUUUGAACAAUAUGGAGAAGGAAGAAGUCCAUCAUUGGGACUUUUGGAGAGCACUAUUUUUACUGGAUGGAUGCCAACAAUACUUCGAGCAGGCAGAGGAAUGACACGGUGGGUUUAUUCCAGGCCUGACCCUGCUCCAGGAAAGUUGGAGCUCUUCUCAUAUGAAAAUAACCCUAAUGCUCGAAUAGUCCGUGAGGCAUUAUGCGAAUUGGAACUUCCUUACGUUCUUCAGAAUGUGGGAGAAGGGUCUCGUCGAAUGAAGUUACUCUUGGAUGUUUCUGGAUCUAAAGAGGUUCCUUACUUUAUUGAUCACAACGCUGGAUUUCAAUCUGGAGACUGCGCAACAAUCUUAUCGUAUUUGUUCGAAACCUAUUCAACAAUUAUUUUAUAA